CGUCCCCGUGACGUGCGGCGCGCGGGCGCGGCGGGGCAGGCUCCGGGCACGGCGAUAACGGUGCUAACGGCCGUAACGGUGCUAACGGACGCGGCCAGAGCCGCCCGCCCCGGCGCGGAGGCACCUUGGAGGCAGCGGGGGCUCCCGGACCGCCAGGCGGAGGGGCCGCAAGGAACCCGCCGGGGGAUGUCGCUGGGAGCGGGUGAGGAGCGCUGAGCGCGGGGCCCCGCCGUCAGCAGGCUGGGCGUCCCCUGUGCCGGGCGCCUCCCGCCCCUCGCCUUUCCCCUAGAGCGCUGUCGGGGCUGCGGCUUGGAGCGGGCCGGAGACGUCGGAGUACAGGAAGGUGAAUGAAGGACACUGUGGUUUUUUGUGCCACUGCUUGCAGUGAUAUGACUGAAGUCUCCUAGAUCAGCCUUUCAUAGCAAGGAUUAAUCCAGAAGAAGCUCUCCACACACCUUUCCCCCCAUGUUCAUGCAGAUGUUGCACGAAGAUGAAGUUGGAGUGUGAUUGAAUUGAGAGCAAUGUCAUCUUUCUUAUAGAAGCAUCAUGACACACAGCAGCAUCAUGGUGGAUGUAGGAAAGUGGCCAAUAUUUACUUUACUGUCACCUCAAGAAAUAGCAUCUAUUCGGAAAGCUUGUGUGUUUGGUACAUCAGCCAAUGAAGCUAUAUACAUAACGCACAAUGAUGAGGUAUUUGUUUUUGGACUGAAUUGCAGUAAUUGUCUGGGAACUGGAGAUAAUCAGAGCACAAUAGUACCAAAGAAAUUAGAAGCCUUAUGUGGAAAGAAGAUUUCCAGUCUCAGUUAUGGAAGUGGACCCCAUGUUGUACUUUGCACUGAAGAUGGCGAAGUAUAUGCUUGGGGACACAAUGGCUACAGCCAGCUUGGGAAUGGCACAACAAAUCAGGGCAUUACUCCUAUACAAGUUUGCACAAAUCUGUUAAUAAAGAAAGUGGUGGAAGUGGCUUGUGGCUCUCAUCAUUCCAUGGCACUGUCAUUUGAUGGGGAUCUGUACGCUUGGGGCUAUAAUAACUGUGGUCAGGUUGGAUCUGGAUCUACAGCAAACCAGCCAACUCCACGCAGAGUUUCCAACUGUUUACAGGCAAAAAUGGUUGUUGGCAUUGCUUGUGGUCAGACCUCCUCCAUGGCUGUUGUGAACAAUGGUGAGGUUUAUGGCUGGGGUUACAAUGGUAAUGGUCAGCUAGGUCUUGGGAACAAUGGCAAUCAACUAACACCAUGCAGAGUGGCAGCAUUGCAUGGUGUGUGUGUACUCCAGAUUGCCUGUGGCUAUGCGCACACACUAGCACUAACAGAUGAGGGUUUGCUCUAUGCCUGGGGAGCUAACACUUAUGGGCAGCUGGGAACGGGCAAUAAAAGUAACCAGCUAAGCCCAGUGCAGAUCAUGAUGGAAAAAGAAAGGGUUGUGGAGAUUGCAGCCUGCCACUCUGCUCACACCUCAGCUGCCAAGACCCAGAGUGGGCAGGUGUACAUGUGGGGCCAGUGCCGUGGGCAGUCAGUGAUCCUUCCCCACCUCACUCACUUUGCCUGCACUGAUGAUGUCUUUGCUUGCUUUGCUACCCCUGCUGUUAUGUGGCGCCUUCUGUCAGUAGAGCAUGAAGACUUUUUAACUGUAGCAGAAUCUCUGAAGAAAGAGUUUGACAGCCCAGAAACCUCAGACCUGAAGUUCCACGUGGAUGGAAAAUACAUCCAUGUGCACAAAGUUUUUCUGAAAAUCAGGUGUGAACACUUCAGAACCAUGUUCCAGUCAUAUUGGAAUGAGGAUAUGAAGGAAGUAAUAGAAAUAGACCAGUUUUCUUAUCCUGUGUAUCGUGCCUUUCUUGAAUACUUGUACACAGACAGUGUUGACCUUCCACCUGAAGAUGCAAUAGGGCUUUUGGAUUUGGCUACUUCAUACUGUGAAAAUAGACUGAAAAAACUGUGUCAACACAUUAUCAAGAGAGGAAUUACUGUGGAAAAUGCAUUUUCAUUGCUUUCUGCUGCUGUCAGAUAUGAUGCAGAGGACUUAGAGGAAUUCUGCUUUAAGUUUUGUGUCAAUCAUUUGACAGAAGUGACACAAACUGCAGCAUUUUGGCAAAUGGACGGUCCCCUGCUAAAGGAAUUCAUUGCUAAAGCCAGUAAAUGUGGAGCUUUUAAGAACUGAAGUGAGGUUUUAAGUUUCGGGCGUUUGUAGGGGUGUUUUGCAGUUACAGCGGGAUGUCCUGACUGUAUUGGUAAGAGAAUGUUGUACCAGAAGAUGUGAAAGGCCACAGUGAAAACCAGUGUUUUCUGUGCUCAAGACUGAAGAUUGAACUGUUGUAAAAAUGUCAAGCAAAUGAUGAACUGUUACACAGGAUUUACUGCCAAGCAAAGCAUUUACUGCAAACCCAGAUGGUGGAACCAGCUCAAGAUUUCAGGAACACUGCGGUGUGCAAAGGAUACCAGCUGAGGGUAAGGACUUAACCUUUCUAGGCUAGGAAGUUUCAAUGCUAGCAUCACCUGUUAAUAUUUUUAAUUUACUUUUUGGGGUUGGAAAAUAGUCUGACCUGAGCCACUGAAUUAUGUCACUGAAAUCAUUAAUUCUUUGGGAUUAUAGAGAAGCAAAUGGCACGGAUAUCUCUUACUGUAUUUGCAUGAUUGCAAUCAAUUUGCCAUUUGCUGUGUGUAAUUAACUGAGUGCAGCCGGUGCUUAGAAAAGUGUGCAAAAAUAAUGUACCCUCAAAGCCUAUGCAAGUGACUUUGAAGGAAUGGGUAACUAGCAAAUCUAAUUGGAAGUAAAUCUCUAUAUUCAGGCAUACCUUGAUAUCUAUACCUUGUAAUGUGUACUUUGUGUAAUCUGUUGAAGCAAUAUUUAUAAUGGUUAAAGGAACCAUGAAUUCCCUUUCCCUAGUUCAGGUUAUGUUGGUUCCCUUGGAGGGGGGGAUACACUGUUCUGAAAGUGGGGGUUUUGCAUUUAAGUGUUGUAUAAACUACAUGUAAUAAAAUUAACUUUUUUGUACCUCU